AAUAGAAUAGAGGGUGUGGAAAACCUAGUGGAGUUGGGUGAGAAUGGGAAUAGCAGGUAGGGUUGGAGAUUAUGCUUUCAAGGCAUUCACCGCCACACUCGGAAUCGCCACCAUUUACCUCACCGCCACCUUAUCCGUCAACGUUUAGAGUGCAUUACUCUCUUGGCACAAUGCUCAAACCAAUUAUUGAAGGUGCUUCUGAAGGCAAGGGAUGUGGGAGGCAGGUUAUUGUUGUUGCUAAAUCUUCAGACAUAGUACUGAUGGUUCUUGAUGCUUCCAAAGUAAGUGCCAUUUUCCAUAUUCUAAUGCAGUCUUUCACUCUGUUGUUACUAUUGCUAGUUGAUAAAAUGGUACGUUGGUCGUUGCAGUAAAUUAUAUUCU